AUGGGUAGGCGUACAGCCCCAGUCAGUAGAAGUUUUGCCGUGCAACCUUGGCAGUUAUACCCGCCGGCCGAGCUAAUCGGAGGGUUCGGAUUCGGAGGUAGACACAGGCGUCUCAUCCCUCAGGCCCAGAGCCAUCCUCUCAAACCCGGCCGGAACAGUUCGAGGCGACAGGGGCUCCUCGUCGACGACUCGAAGACAGAGCGGAGCAACGACCGGUCUUGUAUCCUCUGUCGGUUCCUCUGCAUCGGCGGCAAGACCACCCCCAAAGAUGCCCAUCUCGAGCCUCCCCUCCAAGGCGUCGUCGAGCAUCUCGCAGACCGCGGCCGAGAGCAUGUAGCCGAGGUCGUCGCGCACCACGACAGACGGCUCGACCGCCUCCCAGUCGAUCUCGUCGAACUCGACGCGGACCUCGCCGACGUAGCAGCCGUCAAAGUCGUCGGGUGCCGGCUCCCGGCCCAGCGCGACGCACAGCUCGACGGCGCACCAGCGCUCCGCCAGCCGGUCCGGCACCGCGACCACGGCGCACCGGCCCGUCCUCGGGUCCCGCACCCGCUGCGCCAGGUAGCCGCAGCCGGCGGCGCAGGCCACGUAGCCCGGCAGCCUCACGCGGCCGUCGUCGAGCUUCUCCUCCUGCGAAAAGACCGUGUCGAGGGUGCGGAGCGCCGCCGUCUUGCAGUCCGGGCAGCUGGUGCGGCGUCGCUUGGCCGCCGCCGGCGGUUUGGAGGUCGGUUUUUGCUUCUGGUGGUGGUUCUUGUCGCCCGGGGGAGGAAGAGUGUUCUCGUGGCAAGGUCGUCUUGGGACGGCUUUCGGUAG